AUGAAAAUAAGAUGUUUCUGUUGUUGUGAUGGCGAGGCAGACACUUACAAACAAGAAUUAAAGGAGUUACUUAAGAUGGCGUGGCCUAUUGCCCUGACACAGUUCUUGAUGUUCCUACCGGUGUUUGUUAGUCAGAGUUUCUGUGGACAUCUCGGAAAGGAGGCAAUGGACGGUGUAGCUUUGGCAUCUACAGUAAUCAAUGUUUCGGGAAUGUGUGUCAUGUUGGGCCUGUCUUCUGCAGUCGAUACCUUAUUUUCACAGACACUUGGAAGUGGAAACAAAGAAGGGGUUGGCAUUAUACUGCAGAAAGGUAUAUGGAUCUUACUUUUAUCCUGUUUGCCCUGCUGGACUCUGUUCAUGAACACUGAAAUUAUUCUCCAAUCAAUUGGACAGGAUAUUGUUGUAUCAAGAAUUGCUGGAGAGUAUGCGACAAUAUUUAUGGCUGGUUUACCGGUUUAUGGAAUUAAUAUUCUACUGUCCAAGUACAUGCAAGUUCAGUUGAUUGUUAUACCAAGUUUAUUGAUUGGGAUUAUAACAAAUAUCGUGAAUGCAGGACUACAUGCAUUGUUUAUCUACGUAGUCGGAAUGGAAACACGAGGGGCUGCUCUGGCUGCAACACUAACACAUUGGUGCUCAGGUCUACUACACGUGUUGUUCAUCAGGUGUAGGGGAACCUAUAAGGCGACAUGGACAGGUUGGAGUAAAGGGAGUUUGUAUGACUGGGGUGUCUUUGUAAAGCUGGCUAUUCCAGGAUUAUUCAUGAUAUGUAUGGAAUAUUGGGGCCUUGAAAUCAUUGUUCUUUUAAGCGGCUUAGUGGGAAAAGUCGAUUUAGCAGCAAAUGCAAUACUCUAUAACAUCGGAGGACUGAUUUAUAUGAUUGUAUUUGGAAUGUCCAUUGCGGCGGGUAUCCGUGUAGGGCUGUACUUAGGUGCCGGAGAUUCCAAAAUGGCACACGUAGCCUCAAGGGUAUCCAUGUGUUGUGGGUCAUGUUUUGCCGUCAUUAUUGCUGUUUUCUUACUAAUUCUGAGAGACUAUAUACCAAAACUCUUUUCAAGUGAUUCAGACGUCCUUGCCUUGGCUUCAACUCUUCUGUUACAGCUAGCCUUAUUUAAAGUGUUUGACACCUUACAAGCAACUUGCGGGGGAUUAUUGCGUGGAAUAGGUCUUCAAGCUUUCGGUGCUAUUUUCAACUUUGUUGGUUAUUACAUUAUAGCGUUACCGAUAUCCUUAGCAUUGAUGCUGGCAACGCCCUUAAAAGUUCCUGGUGCAUACUGGGGGAUGAUCAUUGGAUCUUUUUUAGUCUGUUUGAUAUACUGUGUCAGAAUUUUUACACUCGACUGGGAGAUGGAGACGAGCAAGGCUUUGAAGAGAGCGUGUAUGGAAGAAUCCGUCAGAGAAAAUGACAAUAUUAUCUCUCAUGAUGAAAAGGAAUCAAUACGAAUGACAGAUGUCAAUUUAAAUGAAGGCAGUAAACGUUAUUAUUCCAUGGAUAGUUCUAUCCUAGGCGCUGAUGUGACACAAGAUAAAACAGACAAUUUACCAUCCAAUCGGCGAAGCAUAUUCUGUGAUAACAGAAAAAAAUGA